ACCGCGCCUAUCGGGGAGUACGGGAAGCCCAGACAGCGCCGUGUCCUUUUCCAGAGCGAUUGGUCCUGGGGAUCCGAGUUGAGCAUUCCGGGUCAAAGUGGCGAGCGAGGCGGGGGCGCGGUGGGCCGCUGGCGAAGUCCAGGGAGGAACAGGCGCCCGCGGCGUUCUCGCUGCACCCUCCGCCCCUGUGUCCCAGUUACCCUCGGAGGGGAUCUUCUUAUCCCAUUGCUGCGACGGAGUACUUAGCUGGUUGAGCUGGAACCCCAUAGGUCACCAAUAAAAAUGAAGGCGGCGGAUGAGCCUGCCUACCUGACAGUGGGAACUGAUGUAAGUGCCAAGUACCGAGGUGCCUUCUGUGAGGCAAAAAUUAAGACUGUGAAAAGGCUGGUAAAAGUUAAGGUACUCCUGAAACAGGAUAAUACUACACAGUUGGUGCAAGAUGACCAAGUAAAGGGUCCUUUAAGAGUUGGAGCUAUUGUUGAAACAAGGACAUCUGAUGGAUCUUUUCAGGAAGCUAUUAUCAGCAAGUUGACAGAUGCUAGUUGGUACACUGUGGUGUUUGAUGAUGGUGAUGAGAGAACAUUGAGACGCACCUCACUUUGCCUAAAAGGAGAGAGACACUUUGCUGAGAGUGAGACACUUGACCAGCUUCCAUUAACAAAUCCAGAGCAUUUUGGAACUCCAGUAAUUGCAAAGAAGACAAAUAGAGGAAGGAGGUCCUCUCUUCCUAUUAAUGAAGAUGAAAAAGAAGAAGAAACUAGUGAAGAGGAGGAUGAAGAUAAACGACGUCUCAAUGAUGAAUUACUAGGAAAAGUUGUAAGUGUAGUAUCUGCUUCUGAGAAGACUGAAUGGUAUCCUGCUUUGGUAGUAUCUCCCAGCUGCAAUGAUGACAUCACAGUGAAAAAAGACCAAUGUUUAGUUCGAUCAUUUGUCGAUUCUAAAUUUUAUUCUAUAGCAAGAAAGGAUAUCAAGGAAGUAGACAUUCUUAAUCUGCCUGAAUCUGAGCUCUCUGCUAAACCAGGGUUGCAGAAAGCAAGCAUCUUCUUAAAAGCUAGAGUUGUUCCUGAUAAUUGGAAAAUGGAUAUAAGUGAAAUCCUUGAGUCAUCCAGCAGUGAUGAUGAAGAUGGCCCAGCUGAAGAAAAUGAAGAAGAGAAGGAAAAGGAGACCAAAAAGGAAGAAGAAGAGGUGCCUGAGGAAGAACUUGAUCCUGAAGAGAGGGACAACUUCCUCCAACAGCUUUAUAAGUUUAUGGAAGACAGAGGUACUCCAAUCAACAAACCACCUGUUUUGGGCUAUAAAGAUCUCAAUCUCUUCAAACUCUUUAGACUGGUUUAUCAUCAAGGUGGAUGUGACAAUAUUGAUAGUGGUGCCGUAUGGAAGCAAAUUUAUAUGGACCUUGGCAUUCCUAUUUUGAAUUCAGCUGCUUCCUACAAUGUAAAAACUGCUUAUAGAAAAUAUCUCUAUGGUUUUGAGGAGUACUGCCGUUCUGCAAAUAUUCAGUUCAGAACUAUUCACCACCAUGAACCAAAAGUAAAAGAGGAGAAAAAAGACUUGGAAGAAUCAAUGGAAGAAACUCUAAAACUAGACCAAGAAAUGCCUUUAGUAGAAGUAAAGAGUGAACCUGAGGAAAAUAUUGAUUCAAACAGUGAAAGUGAAAGAGAAGAAAUAGAAUUAAAGUCUCCAAGGGGACGAAGGAGAAUUGCUCGAGAUGCAAAUUCUAUUAAAAAGGAAAUUGAAGAAGAGAAAAUAGAAGACAAAUUAAAAGAUAAUGAUACAGAAAAUAAGGAUGUAGAUGAUGACUAUGAAAGUGCAGAGAAAAAAGAAAAUGAGCUCCUACUGGGGAGAAAAAAUACACCAAAGCAAAAGGAGAAGAAAAUUAAAAAGCAGGAGGAUUCUGACAAAGACUCAGAUGAAGAGGAAGAGAAAAGCCACGAGAGGGAAGAAACUGAAACCAAAUGUGACUCCGAAGGGGAGGAAGAUGAGGAAGACAUGGAACCCUGCCUAACAGGAACCAAAGUGAAAGUGAAAUAUGGACGAGGGAAGACACAGAAAAUCUAUGAAGCCAGUAUUAAAAGCACUGAAAUUGAUGAUGGAGAAGUUUUAUAUUUGGUACAUUACUAUGGAUGGAAUGUCAGGUAUGAUGAAUGGGUGAAGGCUGACAGGAUAAUCUGGCCUUUGGACAAAGGUGGACCAAAGAAAAAACAGAAGAAAAAAGCUAAAAAUAAAGAAGACAGUGAAAAAGAUGAAAAGAGGGAUGAAGAGAGGCAGAAGUCAAAACGGGGACGACCUCCUUUAAGAUCUACCCUUUCAUCAAACAUGCCAUAUGGUUUGUCUAAGACUCCAAACAGUGAAGGAAAAUCAGACUCUUGUUCAUCUGAUAGUGAUACAGAAGACCUUUUAGAAAAGAAUUUGAUGAAUGAAGAACUUUCUCCUGAUAUUAAAGAAGAACUAGAAAAAAACAAAAAUUUAAAUGAUAAACUAGAUGAAGAAAAUCCAAAGAUUGCUGCACAUAUAUUAAAAGAAAAUGAAAGGACUCAAAUGCAGCCUCUAGAGACCUUGAAGUUAGAUGUUGGAGAGAAUGAACAAAUAGUACAGAUUUUUGGAAAUAAAGUAGAACAAGUAGAAGACAUUAAGAAAGAGGCAGAAAAAUCCCCUAAAGGAAAGGGAAGACGAAGCAAGACAAAAGAUCUUUCUUUAGAAAUUAUAAAGAUUUCUUCAUUUAGCCAAGAUGAAGCAGGAAGUGAACCUCGUAUAGAAACUCACAGUCUAGAAUUUCCUUCAUUAGACAAUAAAAACUUUUCUUCUGCUACUGAAAAUGAAAUCGACCAAUGUGGAAAAGAAAAAAAGUUGAAACGGAAAAUACUGGGACAAUCAUCACCAGAGAAAAAAAUGAGAAUUGAGAAUGGAGUGGAAAUGACAAAUAGCAUAUCUCAAGAAAGGACCAGUGAUUGUAUUGUAUCUGAGGGAGUGAAAAACUUAAAUUUUGAACAACAUUUUGAAACAGAAAAUGAAGGAAUGCCAUCAUUAAUAGCAGAGUCAAACCAGUGCAUUCAAGAACUGACUAGUGAGAAGUCUGAUAGUCCAGCUGAAGAAACUGUAAAUACUCCACUGAAAGAAGAAGAAGAUGCAAUGCCUCUGAUUGGGCCUGAAACCUUGGUUUGCCAUGAAGUAGAUUUGGAUGAUUUGGAUGAAAAGGACAAGACCAGUAUUGAGGAUGCAGUAGUGGAAAGCUCUGAAUCUAACUCUCUUGUUUCUAUUCCACCUGCCCUACCUCCUGUAGUACAGCAUAACUUUUCAGUAGCUUCACCACUUACUCUCAGUCAAGAUGAGUCUCGAAGUAUAAAAAGUGAGAGUGACAUAACCAUUGAAGUUGAUAGUAUUGCUGAAGAAUCUCAAGAAGGCCUCUGUGAGAGGGAAUCAGCAAAUGGAUUUGAAGCCAGCGUUGCCUCUGGUACCUGUAGUAUAAUUGUUCAAGAAAGAGAGAUCAGAGAGAAGGGUCAGAAAAGACCAAGUGAUGGAAAUGGUGGAUUAUUGGCAAAAAAGCAAAAGCGUAUCCCAAAGCGAACAAGUGCUGUAGCCAAAAAUGAAAAAAAUGGAACAGGACAAAGCAGUGAUAGUGAAGAUCUUCCUGUCCUGGACAAUUCAAGUAAAUGUACCCCAGUAAAACAUCUUAAUGUAUCUAAGCCACAGAAGCUUGCACGAUCUCCUGCAAGAAUAUCCCCUCACAUAAAAGAUGGAGAAAAAGAUAAACACAGAGAAAAACAUCCAAAUUCAUCCCCUAGGACAUACAAGUGGAGCUUUCAACUCAAUGAACUAGAUAAUAUGAACAGUACAGAGAGAAUUUCUUUUCUCCAAGAAAAACUACAGGAAAUCAGAAAAUAUUACAUGUCUUUGAAGUCUGAAGUUGCAACUAUUGACAGGAGGAGAAAAAGAUUAAAAAAGAAAGACAGAGAAGUGUCUCACGCAGGAGCCUCCAUGUCAUCUGCAUCGUCAGACACUGGAAUGAGUCCUUCAUCGUCAUCUCCCCCACAAAAUGUACUUGCUGUAGAAUGCAGGUGAUAUUCAUUUUCUCUGCCUUCCCAGCAGUUUGCUGCCAUGGACAUAAAUCCCCAAAUCCUGAAAUACAGCCACAGAAAGCACUCAACUGGUUUGACAUUACUAAGUAUAUCCUGUCUACUCUUCCAGGCUGGAUUGUAUCUAAUUCCCUUCUUUUCUUUUUUCUGUUGCAAAAAAAUAAGCUGAUUAAUAACGGAAGGUUAGGCAGCCUGCAUAUUUUUCAUAAUUUUUCCUCAUUUUUUUUUCAUUAUUUUGUGAAGAUAGAAAAUGGGCACUUAGCAAAUUUGAAUUUGUAUAGUAAAGUUUCAGGUGUUAAUAGAAAUCAUAGACAAGUGCACACGACAAACAUCAAAAUAUCCAGCUGAAUAGUUACUGUUGCACUUUCACUAAGAUGUGUUUGAACACUUGGUGAGUAGGGGGUUUUAUGUUGUAUGUGUUUUUUUAUUGUUGUCAUUUUUGGGGGGGUUUUUUUUGUUGGUUUUGUUUUUUUGUUGUGUUGUGUUUUUUGUUUUUGUUUUUGUGGAAGCACUUGCUAUUUAGAACUGCCAAAGUAUAUGUUCAGCAGUGUGCCCAGGCUUAAAGGUGUAAAUGGGACAAAAUAAAUUGUGAAAGGAAGUGUAGUUGACUGAAAACUACAGUUGUAAUAAGUCUUCCACUUUUUAUAGUAUUUUUGAGCACACGAUUAUGCAAAUAUUUUAAUGUUUAUUAAUGUUUACAGUGGAAUUGUGAAUAAGUUUUCAGUGGACUAUCUUAUCCCUUGACAAAAAUAUUUUGUCUUUUUUCUAUGUAAUUUCAGAGUUUUUAUUUUGUUACAAAAAUACAAAAAUGAAAUAUAUAACAACAAUGAAGUUAUUUAACAAGAUUUCUAAAGCUGAAAAUUUUGUGUAAAAUAAGGUAUUAUCUUGCAACUUGUUAAAUAUAUUUAUUCAGACAUUGGAUGUUGUAUUUUUAUGUAUUUUUUAAAAUAUUAAUAAAAUUGAAAAAAAGAAAAUUGUAGGUUAAUUCACUCUUUGGAUGACAGUGGCUCUAGCUGUCCCUUUUCCCGGAGGCUGCAUCCCGCAGCUGUGCCUGUGUUGAGGGGAGUCUGACUCAGUCCUUCCAGCAGUAUGGAGCUGUAAAUGGGCAUCUGGAUCAGCAAAGCGUGUCCUCCUUUAGACACUUUGGCAGUCCUAGUAUUUAAACUGUUUUGAGGAUCAAAUUUUUGGUUGCCCUUAAGAUACUUUGUCACAGUUUUUAUUUUUGCUAUACUGCCGAAUAAAUUUAUAUCUCCCAAAGUUGAGAUGCAACAACUAGGUAAAGCAAUUAUGUAUGCCAUGUCUGUGAAUUGUUCCACAGACUGAUACAUUUUGUAAAUAAUUCUUCCAAAAUCAUGUAUUUAAAGCAGUUUUGCCAUAUACAUUAUGUAAAAAAGUGAUUUUUUAAAAUCGGUUUUUAAAUUCAUGUUUGUACAUUGAAAGGGUUUUUUUAAAAACCUCCUUUUCUGUGUUUAAUAUGUUGUAGAGUAAUAACAUAGAUGCUCUAGACUGUAUGUCAGGAUCUGAUUUAUAAGAACCAAGUCAGAGCCAAACCCUAGUGAUGGCAUAGCAUUACUAAGAUCAUUGUUUCUUAAUUUCAUUUACCACAUUGUGACUUUGUGAUUCAGAUUCCUUCCAUUUUCGCAGAGAAUUAAAAACAAAAACGUACUCUUGUAAAAUGCACUUCUCUGUCUUUUCUUUGCAAAGCUGAAGUAUUUCAAUGUAAAAUAAAAAUGGAGCUCAGUGGGCAGUAUUAAUAAAGGCCAUGUUUUAAACAUAGGCUUUAUAUAUUUAGUUUUCAUUUAAGUGAUUGUUGUUUUCCUGAGUGCCAGUAACUUACAGUUGGAAAAGCAGACUUCACAAAACAACAUAUUCAAUAUAUCCUUCAGU